GCUUCCUAAACUGCCCUCAACGCCUCCCAGCAGCGGACCAAGCAGGCCCCUCCAAGCCGCUCCACCGUGGGCCCUCGCCGGACCGAUUCCCUCCGCAGUCCCGGCAGGUGAACGGUACCGCCGACUGGAUCCUCCCGCGCAGGAUCCCGGAUUAUUCACGCAGCCCUCCGCGGGGGGAAGCCUGGGCUGUGAUGACAAACCCAACAAAGUGCGACACGCACAAACCCCAGCGGGCCUGCUCUGCGACGCAACUUGGCUGUAAUGGCUCUCCCGGGGGUUUCAGGGGGAAGAUCGUAGGUGAGGCGGCGGGAGUCAUUGUGUGAGGAAGGCGGCGGCCGCUGCGCUCUCAGACGAGGAAGUGAGGCUUUAUACACGCCCAUCUGAGCCUGCUCACAGACAGCCGGAGCGCGCAUCACACACCGCUGCAGACCUCUCCAACAUGCGCUCGCCUGCGGAUGGACGCCAGCAGGAUUAGCACCAACAACCGCGUUUUCAGCAGUCAUCUCCAGCAUUGAUGAUGGACAAGGAGCUGCAGAUCCAAUCAGAGCAGGCCACCAAUGGAACCAGCCCUCAGGCCAAGCCUGACCCCUCCACGCCUGCAACGCCAACCCCACCUCGCCUCACCCCCAACCCCAUGCUCCUGGACUCCCCUGCACCCAUGCUGACUCCCAUCACCUCCUCCCCUCCUCCCCCUCUCACCCCUGCCCCCUCCCUCUCUGCAGCCCACAGACCAAAGACGGCGGCCAGCGCUCUGUCGCCUCACGUUCUCGUCCCAGCUCCCCCUAAACUCACCUCCACCACAACCCCUGCCCUGCGGACAUACUCCCGCCCUAUUCUCCCUUCUCCGACAAGUGCAUCCAAAACAUCGCCUUCCACUCAAUCAUGCACCUCCCCUCUUCUCCCUCCAUCCUCCUCCUCUUCUCCUGCUGCACCAACCACUUCUUCGGCACUGCUCUCCUCAUCCUCAUCUUCUCUUAGCAACACCUCAACCAAGACGUCCACCAGCAUGACCAACGGCAACUCCAGGCCUGGAUCCACGUCCACACCCAUCACACCCUUCCACACACCAGCCAGUCCACCUGGCAGACAGGUAUCUCAGGCUCACCCUGUGGGCACACCUGGCCCUGUGCGAGCCAAUCAGAGCACCCCUGUCAGGCAGAGGGUAUCCCAGCAGACCUUGCUCUUGGGAAAAGGUCUCAAAGGGUCUGGUCAGGACCAGGUGCUGCUAAGAGCUCAGAUGCUGAUCCUUACGUCUGCUAUGCGACCUGCACCGUCCUCCUCUUCCUCCUCUCUCCCUUCCUCUAACCCCGCCUCUGCUCAGCUCCAGAGUCUCACCUUGAGGCCUUCUCUCCCCGGGACCCUCACCAUCCCACCCACCCUUCGACUGAAGCCACCCUCUUCAAUCCCGCCGCCCCUUUCUCGCCCUAACACCCCACUCUUCCCCCCGCUUCGGCCACGACCACAGCCCAGCACCACGGCAACGGAGAGCCCGACCACUCCCAACCGACACCUGCCGGUCCCUCCUCCAACUCUCUACUCUCCGGUUCGAGCCGUCCCUCUCAAACCCCGCCUUCACUCUCCAAACAGCCACAGAGUCACGUCACCCCGACAGUCCGCCCCCCUCCAGCCAAUCGCCGCGGCUCCCUCCAGUCAGGCCCCGCCCAUCAGCCGUCCAUUGAAGAGCUGUCCGUUAACUCAGACGAUGCUGGGUCCAGGCCAAAGCCAGCACAGGCCGUUAUCUGUUAACAACCACUUUGAAUGCUCGCCGUCUGCAGCAAGGCAGCUUCAGAUCAUCGCCCUCUCCUCUGGCCGUCAACCGGUCGCUGUUCCACCGCCCGCGCCUCCAGCUGUAGAGUCACCUGAUCUUUCCAGCCAAUCUAAGAGGACUGUUAGUGCAGAAGACAGGAUUCCUCUGCCUCUAAACUCCUUGCCAUCUAAACCCACCUCACCGCAGACCUCGCCUCCAGCUCUGCAGAUCCUGGCUUCUCACUUGAGUCAAGCUGGCCCACAAACUCUGACCCAGAGAGGUGAGUCAAAGGGAAGUGAUGAACAGGAGGAGAAGAGCAAAAGGAUGAAAACAGAAGUCAAGGAUGAGGGGAAAACGACUAAAGACAUGCAAGUGGGAACAGGAGACCAAAGAGAAAAAGUGAAGGAGGAGGUGGUGAGGGAAUUGAGUCCGGAGCUGGAAGCUGAGGUCAGCCAAGCUGAAGAUCCGAUGGAAGUGACAGAGGACGGCAAACAAGACCCAGAGAGGAGGAUGAGGGAGCAGGAGGAAGAGACUCCCAUGGACCAGUCUGAGAACCUGAGCACCCAGGUUUUCCUACAGCACCAAACCACAACACCUGUCCCAACGUUGGAGUCUGUGAAAGACUCCAGGGAGGAAAUAAAACCACCUCCAGAUCCAAUUCAAGAAGCCCAGCCAGAGCAAGAGGUCUCAGUCCAGAAUCAGAGGCUGCCAGAACCUCACAGAGACCUGCAGCCUGUCAGCCACGAGGACUUCUGCGAGAACAUGUCGACUCAGUCUGACAAUCAGUCAGCACUGUCCAGCCUGUCCUCCCAGUCUCCCCCAUCCUCACCCUUCCUCACCCCUCCUGCAGAAAACCCCACACCAACUCUUCUGCCUCAGUCCGAUCAGCCGGCAGACCUCAGGGUGCCGCAGCCCAAGGUGCAGAAAGUCAGUAAAGCAACGCCUGAUUCCCAGCUUGCAGCUGAAACGGAGGUGGAGCAUCUCGACCAAUCAGAGCACGAGUCUGAGAGUUUCGACCAAUCGCUGAGCAGCCCCUGGGAGCCAAGGCCAUGGCCUGAAGGACGGAAGGUUCUGACUCACCUAGUGGAAGGAUUUGUCAUCCAGGAAGGACUUCAACCGUUCCCUGUGAACCGCUCAUCCCUGCUGGUUCCUGAACAGGUGACCAAACCGCAGGAAGUGAACGGGACCAAUGGGAGAGCAGCACUGCCAGAGACGGACACAACCAAACAACGUGAAAACUCUACAGACUCAGAAGAAGACGGAGGAGGAGAUACAGACAACGCGGGCACACGGGCGGGCCACAGAGACCGGACUGUGCUGCACUGUCAGUUCUGCGGGAAGAGGGGCCACGCACACAACUUCAUGCGGUCCAAGCGCUUCUGCUCCACUUCCUGUGCUCGCGGGUUCAACGUCCGGCUGACGAAGCGUCUGCGAGCUCUGAGUGCAGGCAGCCGAUCAGAGAGGGCGCGUCCGGCCCUCAACCGGGCCGAGUCGGUGCCUGGGAAACCCCUGCUACUCCGGCUGCCCCGCAACCUCUGGAGCGCUGGCCGCCGUGAGAAGGAGGGAAAGGAGAAGUCAGGAGCAGCAGCAGAACAGCCAGACAAGGAGGUGGAGGACCUGGGAGGAUUUAGGGGCGACGAGGAUGAUGAUGGACCAGAAGAAGAUCCUGCUGUUGCCAUGACAGCCAGAAUAGACCACCGAGCCGCUCGAAGGCCGAGACGAGCCUCUGCCCCUGCUGUAACCACCUCAACUCCCACAACCACCUUCAGGCCUGCCCCCUCCCAGUGGAGCGUAGAGGAAGUGACCGCCUUUAUACACACUCUGCCGGGCUGCAGCGAUGUGGCCGAGGCUUUCCGGCUGCAGGAGAUCGACGGCCAGGCUCUGCUGCUUCUGACUGAGGACCACCUGAUGUCCAGCAUGAACAUCAAACUAGGACCAGCUCUCAAGAUCUGCGCUCACAUCAACGCGCUGAAGAACCAGUGAAAGAAAACUGAGAAACAGCAGCAGGAAAGACACGUUUUUAAGGAAUUAAGGCAAUAAUGAAGUGGAAAAAUAGAGAUGAACAAUUCCAGAUCUGGUGGGGUUUUGGAAAACAACAGCUGACAACACAAACAACUGAACAAAGUCAGAAAGGUCACCUUCAUUUAUGACUGGGGAGACUUUAGAUGGAGGUGUGGCCUCCGCGGACAGGAGCAGAGGCCGGAAGAUGGGAGAGAAACCGUCUGCUUGGGGCCUUUUGGCUGUAGCAGGAGACUGGGGGGGGAUUUUUGUAACUUUGUGUAAAUCUUACAUGCCACUGGAGAGUGUACAUUUCAAGCUAUUUCAUGAAGGAUUUUGAACAUUUAAUAUAUGAAAUUUGUCUAUUUAGUUUUUUUAGAAUGUGACGUCAAUGACAAAUCUAUCCCGUAGCUAACAUAACCAGUGUGUGUACGAAAAAAAAGAAUAAAGCAUAAACUUUGUAAGUGAUUAAUGAAAGCUUAAUGUUUUAUAUCAACAUAUUCAGGACAAAAUAUCUGUGGGUAAUAACAGUCACUACCAGGGACUGGUGUCUUCAAUGCCACAUUUUUAUGGUAUCCUGCUUAAAAUUAUUUAAUAAAUGAAGAAUUACUCAAAA